AUGUCGACGCCAUCCAAGAAGACUGGCACUAGUGUCAGAGAAGAGGAUCGUGAGAGAUCUGUUUCCGCUGAUCCAUCCAGUGGAUCAGAGAACACUGGAGAGGAUAGUGCUUCGGAGGAUACCAAAGUACCUGCCGCGAUCCCGCGCGAUCCCGACGGCAUAUAUUUGUGUGACGAUGAAGUUAUCUCGAUUGGCAUAAAUGCUCGCCGCGUUGCCGAUGACCCUGGAAAGCACAAACCCAUCACAAAGAAAGGUACCAUGUUCCACUGGGAUGCCAACGAGCACAUCUCCAAGGCUCCACCAACUCUGGGAGUCAAGUCGAGAGCGGCAACUGAGUUGACGCUCUUCGAUGAGGAUGGCAACCCAGCGACGUUCAUCUAUCCUCCCCGUAGGAACCUGAACUUUGCCAACCAGAAGGAGAUGGUCGAGUUGCAAAAAUGGCGCUUGCAGGUUAUCAAGCGUAAGCUUGAUCAGAAUGAUGAUGGUCAGAGCAGGAAGACCGUCUUCAGACAGCAUUGGACGGACCAAGAGAAGGACUUCCUAAAGGAAUUGGUUCUUCGGAACAUCAACGCCAACAAGCGACCCCUCAACAACCACGACUGGGCUGCUCUCUCAAAGGAAUUCAACGACCGAUUCAAGGGCUGGCCCAUCAAGAUCGGCGAAGCAACCACUCCUCAUGCAAAGCGACGCGGUGUCCGGACGGAGUCAAGCUUGGUCAAGAAAUCGCAUAUCAUGGUGGAGCGGAAGCCGGGAGCCAUCAAAAGCCAAGCUUUGAGAUACGAGGACUUACGGGAGGAGAUGGAUCGUGCCCUGGAAGCAUUUGGCCGCUCGUCCACAGAUGUCAUGGACACUGAGGGCGACACUGGAAUUGGCGAUGGAGCAGAUGAUGAGGACAAUACCGAUAGUAAUGAUGACAACGAUGAUGCGUUCUACCAUGAGUAG